GCUAGUGCAAAUAACCUGUCGUCGGCGUCUGUGAUUGGAAAUAUCCUUUUUGCCGCUUGCCGCUUUAUGCGGCGCUAAAAUCUUGAUUUGGCAAGAAAUUACAUCUCGUUACAUUAUAAACACGUGAACAAUCACAAUGGCGGUUGUUAAAUCUUUAAUGAUACGAGGCAUUCGAAGUUUUGGACCGGAAGAUUCUGAUGAACAGGGAAUACUGUUUGAAAGCCCUCUAACACUGAUAUUGGGACAAAAUGGAUGUGGUAAAACAACUAUCAUCGAAGCUUUGCGUUAUGCUAUUACAUCGCAAAUGCCUCCAGGGAUGGGUCAUAGCGAUUGCUUUGUUCAUGAUCCUAAAGUUAACAGAACUACCGAAGUUCUGGCGCAAAUAAAGCUAAAGUUAGCAAAUGCUCAAAAUAAAAACAUGGAGGUUACAAGAUCCAUGAAGGUUGUUUUACAAAAGAAGAAGGCUACGUUUCGUACUCUAGACUCUAAAAAAACAGUUACUAAUGAGACUGGGAAAACAAAGGAUAUAUCAAAAAAAUGUGCUGAUUUAGAUGCAGUUCUUCAUGAUGAGCUGGGUGUGUCGAAGGCAAUUUUGAACACAGUCAUAUUCUGCCAUCAAGAAGAAUCAAGUUGGCCAUUAGAUGAAGGCAAAAAAGUUAAAGAACGAUUUGAUGAGAUAUUUGACUCUGAAAAAUACAGCAAUUGUUUUGACCGUCUUAAGAAAAUUCGAAAAGCUUUUGCCACUGAUAUUAAAAUUCUUGCUGAUAGAGUUGAAGUACUAGAAGAACAAAAGAAGGAAUUGGAUAAAAAGAAACUAGAUGUAGUCAACACAGAAACAAGAAUCUCUGAAACUGAAUUAAAACUUGCUGAAAUAACAAGUGAUAUAAAACCUAUUGAAGAAAAAUUGCAGACAAUCAAAGCUUUGGAAACUACACUAAAUACAUAUGAUUCAAAACUAGAAAAAUUAAAAGUGAAAUUGGAUAACUGCCAUAAACGAGAACAAGAGUUAAAAAAAGAAAUAAAGAAUGUAUUUGAAGGAACAGUACCAGAAUUAAAGGAGAAAAUUAGCAACUAUGAAAGUACUGUGAAAGCCAACCAAAAAGAACUUGAAGAAUCAUACACAAAAAUAUCUAAUUUCAAUAAUGAAGAACAAAGGGUUGCCAAUGAAAAGGAUGCAAAUAAGUCUAGACUUGAAAAACUACUCUUGUUAGACAGCCAAAAUGAUAAAAAAGUGUUGGAGCGAAAUGAAUUAAUUGUAAAUGUCGCGAAAUUGGCUGAAAUUGAUGAUAUUGUUACUGUUGAAACUACUGAAGAAGCAGAUCAAGCAAUGAAUAAAAUCAAACAAAAAGUGAAAGGUCUGCAACAGGAACUUGAUGAAUUAAAGUCAUUUGCAGACAAAGAAGAAAAGCAGAAGCAAACAAUAGUUGAUGAGAGCCGUGUAGCUCUUUCUCGCCACAAUCAACAAAUAUCAAACAAAGAGAAUGAUAUUGAGAAGAACAAGAAAGAAGUUACUAAGUUAGAGAAAGAGAUUCUUGCAGCUAACGAAUCUAAAGUGCGCCUGGAAGCUGCAGAAAUAAAAUUGAAAACUGCUGAAGAGGAAUUUGAAAAUGUAGAAAAGCAAUUGAAUACUGAAGAACAUCAACAUCAAAUUAAUGAAGAUGAAAAAGAACUAGAAAAGAAUGAUGACGAACUCGAUGUAAUUGACAAAAAGAUUACAAAAUUACAAAAACAAACUGCUAAAUUGAAAGAGCGUGAGAUGAAAGAAGAUUUGCUGAAGCAAAAAGAUAAACAAUUUUCCACACUAAAAAACAAACACAGGUCAGCCCUGACAGAACUGUUGGGUAAUAUGCCAGAGAAAGAUUUCGUCUUGUCUCUCAAAAAGCUAGAGUCCAGCUUAAAUUCUGAAGUCAAUUCUUUGAAGAAAAAUUUGAAUAAGAAACAGACACAAGUAACUAAGCUUGAAGAAGAACGGAAGCAUGUUCGUAAUACUUUAAUGGAACGAAACAAAGAACAAUUGGAAGCUGAAGAACAAAUGUACAAAGCUUGUGGAACAUCUACUUACGAAAAUACAUUGAACAAAGUUAUCGCCAAUGUAGAAAAGUUACAGGAAGAUCGCAAUGUUCUCGAAUCUUCUAUGUUUGUCAUCAAAAAAUACGAGUCUCAACUGAAAGAUAACAGUUGUUGUCCUUUGUGCAGUCGUGGAUUCGACUCUGAAAGUGAGGUGACAGAUUUGAUAACUCAGCUGAACACGAAAAUUAUGAAUGUUCCUGAUCAACUUAAGAAAGUAGCUGAGGAGUUGCAAGUAGAAUCUGCUAAGAAAGAUGAACUUCUGAGUAUGAAGUCUCUGAACGAAAAAAUUAAAAACUUCAAAGAGAAGGACAAACCACAACUAGAUCAACGUAUUGCUGACCUAGAGACAAACAUUAACAAACUGACGGAAGAAGUAGAUGGCAUAUCCAUGUCUCUCUUAGAACCAGAACAAAAGUUACAAACCAUAAAGCAAAUUCAAGGAGAAAUGCCUUUACUUGACCGGUGCAACCAAGAAGUUAAAACUUUGACCAAAGAGUUUGAAGCAAUAAAUGCGCAAUGUUCCGAAGUAGAUACGGAUAUGACGUUAGAAGAAGCUACUGCUAAGCAAGCAGAGUUAAAGCAGAAGAUAUCAAGUUUGAAAGCUAAACUUAAAACUGCACAAAAGACACUCAAUGCGCACAACAAGAGGAUACAAGAAUUAGGUUCAAAGAAAAAUAAAAUUAAAGAAGAAUGUCUUAAUUUGCAGAAGAAGGUUCAAGAGAUAUACAAUCUUCAAGAAACUAAAAAACAAUUAGAAGCUGACAGGGAGAGGUUUGUAACAGAGCUAGCUGAUCUGAGGAAAGGAGUUGAACCUCUUAGAGAAGCGCUUAAAGAAAAAGAACAAGCUAAAGCAGAGGUUGUUAAGAAAAACAGAGAAAAGAUUGAGCACAAGAACAAUGAAAUAAUGAAAAUCACAAUAGCUUUUGACAAAGUAAAGUCAAUUGACAUUGAUAUCAGACAACAUUUAGAGAGAAAUAUUCCACAUGAAAAGGCGAAGAAGGAAGAAGCGAUUAAGAAACUUGAAGAUAAACUGAAGCAGAUUCAGUGUGACAGACAAGCAACUACAAAGAGGAUCGAGACAUUAAAAGAUGAAAUUAGCAAAGAAAAGAUCUAUAAACGUGAAUUAGACGACAAUUUAAAACUAAGAGAAGUACAGAAAGAAACUCAAGACUGUGAAAAGGAAGAGGCUGAUAUCAAAGAAAAGCUAAGUACAAUCAACAGAGAUAUGUUGAAAGAAAAGAAUGGCUUGACGGACAAAUAUAAGAAGCUAUGCAGCGAAAAGUUUAAAACUGAUGGUAUAUUGGAUGAACUGCAGACUACAUUAAAAAAGAACAAGGUAGAUCUUAAAACUGCUUUAGCAAAAAAUACGGAGAAGAAAUAUAGAGAAAAAUAUUUUGAGUUGCAAGUAACAAAAAUGCUGGACAAGGAUGUCAAGGAUUAUGCUGCUGCGUUAGAGACUUGUCUUAUGGAGUAUCACAAGAAGAAAAUGGAGAGCAUCAAUCUUAUCAUCAAGGAGCUUUGGAGCAAAAUUUACAGUGGUAAUGAUAUAGAUUACAUAGCUAUCAAAGCUGAAGGAAGCAUGUCAGAUAAUUUAGAACGGCGUAAAUAUGAAUACAGAGUGGUCCAAUGUAAAAAUGGCGUUGAAAUCGACAUGCGCGGUAGAUGUAGUGCUGGUCAGAAAGUCUUGGCCUGUCUUAUCAUUAGAUUGGCUCUCGCGGAAACAUUCAGUUCUAGAUUCGGAGUGUUAGCUUUAGACGAACCCACAACAAAUUUAGAUCAAGAUAACAUCAAAAGUCUUUGCAUGGCCCUCGGUGAAAUCGUUCAGGAACGAAUGAUGCAAAAGAAUUUCAUGUUCAUUAUCAUUACUCACGAUAGGGAAUUUAUUGAGUCUCUAGGACAGAUAGAUAAGGUAACACAUUUCUUUGAAGUAUCUAGAAAUGAUGAAGGUAAGUCUAGAAUAAAGAGAGUUAAGUUUACAUAAUUUUCUUGUUACUAAAUGUAAGAGAAGUAUUGUAAUCAUUCCUAAGUUUCUGUAGUUGUUAAGAGGCAGUGCCUUAUUUCAUUUUAUAAUUAUAAUGU